AUGGUGAAAGGAGUCACAUCUAUAGCCCAAACAGAUGAUAAUUUCAUAUGUGCAACUUUAGAUUGGUGGCCAGAAAAUAAAUGUGAUUAUAAUCAAUGUCCGUGGGGAAAAGCUGGUCUUCUUAAUUUGGACUUGAAAAACAGGAUUCUUGCAAACGCUGUUAAAGCAUUCAAUCCACUAAGACUCAGAAUAGGAGGUUCAUUACAAGAUCAAGUUUACUACAAAGUUGGAAAUUACCCCAAAAAUUGCUCAAAUUUUGAGAAAAAAUCUGAUGGACUUUUUGGAUUUAGUGAUGGCUGUCUUCACAUGAAUAGAUGGGAUGAAUUGCAUGACAUGUUCAACAAAACAGGGGCUGCAAUAACAUUUUCAUUCAAUGCUUUAAUUGGAAGAAUACCAUCAGAUGAAAAUAAUACAACUCUUUGGGUUGGAGAUUGGAAUCAUUACAAUGCAAAAUCAUUGAUGAAAUACACUAUCAAUAAGGGAUACAAAAUUGACUCAUAUGAGUUAGGUAAUGAGCUUUGUGGAAGUGGAGUUGCUGCAAAAAUAAAGGCUCAUCAAUAUGGUAAUGAUGUUAAGAAAUUGAAGAAACUUGUCACACAUAUGUAUCCUAACCCUGCUAAUAGACCAAAAAUCUUGGCCCCUGGUGGAUUUUAUGAUCAAAAAUGGUUCCAAGAGUUCCUUCAAACAACCGGUCCGGGCAUAGUCGAUGGAUUGACACAUCAUAUUUACAACCUUGGAGCAGGUGUUGAUCCAACUUUGAUUGACAAACUUCAGAAUCCAUUUUACCUAAGUCAAAUAGCUCAAACAUUUAAGAAUGUUGAAAAUGAUGCUAAGUUGUUUUCCCCAUCAUCUGGACCUUGGGUUGGUGAAUCUGGUGGAGCUUAUAAUAGUGGUGGCAAAACCACUUCACACACCUUCGUUAACGGUUUCUGGUACUUGGAUCAAUUGGGAAUGACAUCAACUUUCAACCAUAAGGUAUACUGCAGACAAUCUUUAAUAGGAGGAAACUAUGGUCUUCUCAACACAACAAGUUUCGUCCCAAAUCCAGAUUACUAUGGUGCUCUUCUAUGGCAUAAGCUUAUGGGAAAGAAUGUGCUUUCUAUUACUCAUGAAGGCUCUCCUUACAUCCGCACUUACGCACAUUGCUCAAAGACAAGUGUAAGUUACAACAACGCUAUCAAAGAUUUCAACUUUACUAUGGUCUUUUUCAGAAACAGUCUCUCUACCUCGACGAGGUAGGAGUAAGGUCUGCAUACACUUUCUCUGAAAAUUCCUUGUUUAUGUCUUUCAGGGUAUUACAGUUCUACUAAUCAACAUGGAUAAGUCAACUACCUUUGAUGUCUCUGUUGUCAAUGACUUGAAUAUGUACGCUGAAAGUGUUGCGUCUGUUGAGUAUAUAAAUCCAAAUCCUGAUAGUGUUGAGUCUAUACAUCCAAGAGAAGAGUACCAUUUGACUCCAAAAGAUGGAAACAUUCAGAGUGAUGUCUUGUUGCUAAAUGGAACUCCGUUGAAGCUCACUUCCUCAUUGGACAUCCCGGUAAUGAAGCCUAAGCUCGUUGAUCCAACAUUGCCCAUCAGUGUUGCUCCUCAAUCUAUCGUCUUUGCUACCCUGAGAGGGUUCCAGGCUCCUGCUUGUGCAUAGAGAAUUCACAGAGUUUAAUUUAUUAGUUUAGUUUUUAGAUAUGGAUAAAUACAUUAGGUCCUUCUUAUCAAUAUGUUUAGAAGUUUCAGAUUAAACUUUAGUUUAUUUUAUUGUUUUAGUAAAGUUGCUUUAUAUUACAUUGUCAGUUUUGCUUUCUUUAUUUCCUCUGUUGGUUUCUGAUUAAGGAAUUUGAAUCUAUAUAACCUGAAAAGAACUCAAGAUUCCUACUUUUUCAACUUUCUCGACAUACCUAAAGUACCGCGGUUUUUCGAGUUUCAUACCUGAGUAUCCUACCUGAACUGAGGUGUGCUUUGAUAAAUAGUAGGUGAUAGUACAAGUAUGAAACUCGA